AUGGCAUCCCUCACCCCUGUCCACUUCUUCUCCCACGGCUCAACCAUGAUGCUAGGCGAAGAAUCCGAAAGCGCAGAUUACUGGAAAAAAUGCGGUGACGAAGCCCUAGCCCGCAACAUCCAGGGCGUAAUCAUCAUGGGCGCACACUGGGACGCCCUAAACGACUCAAUCCAACUAUCCACAAACCCCACCCCCGGCAAAAGCCCAGUAGCCUACGUCAACCCCGAAAAAUACAUCAACUACACCCUAACCCCCGACCUCCCAACAACAAACCGCUGCAUCACCCUCCUCAAGAACGAAGGCUUCAACGUCACGGGAAAUCCAACCUUCGACUGGAUCCACGACGUCUACCUAAUCCUAAUCCGAAUGUUCCCAUCCGGCUGUCCACCAACGACGCUAAUCUCCGCAAACGCACGCUACGACCCACACUUCCACAUGAAAAUGGGCGCGACGUUGCGACCGCUUCGAAAAGAGAAUUUCCUUAUCAUUGGUACCGGUGGUGCGGUGCAUAAUCUUUAUCGAAAUCGGUGGGCGCCCAUGUUGAAGUUUAGAGAUAAUUUCGCCAUGGAGACGCCGCCGGAGGAUUGGGCGUUGGAAUUUCGUCAGGCCGUUGAGGAUGUUAUUACUAAGACUAGUGGGGUACAGUUGCGUAGGGCUAUGACGAGGUUGAUGAAACAUCCGCGUUUUCGAGAUGCGCAUGCUACGGAUGAUCAUUUUAUGGCGGCGCUUUUUGUGGCGGGGGCGGCUGGGGAUGAGGAGGAUGCUGAUGCUGAGGGGGUUCUGGGGGCGGAGAGUUGGGAGUUGACCAAUAUGUGUAAUUCGCAGUUUACUUUUGGGAAGUGGAAGGAGAUUGCUGUAUAG